AUGGUCCUCGUCUACCUCAAGAACCUCCUCUUCCGCUCCCAAAAGCCCUCCCGCCACGCGCACGAAACACCGCCCCUCCUCCCCACCACCGACCACCCCAAACACUACGGCAGCAGCACCUGCGACACCACCACCACCACCACCCCCUCCUCCUGCCGCCACCCCUCCUGCCCGCGCCGCACCUCCCAGAAAUCCCUCUCACCCUCACCCCCAAACACCAGCACCAGCACCAGCACCAGCACCAGCACCAGCACCUCCUCCUCCUCCACCCCGUCCAAAAAACCCUACAUCGACCCCCGCGUCCUCUCCGACCUGACCAUCGGCCUCUCCGACGGCCUCACCGUCCCCUUCGCGCUCACCGCCGGCCUCUCGGCCUUCAACGACACGACCGUGGUCCUCUACGGCGGCCUCGCCGAGCUCAUCGCCGGCAGCAUCUCCAUGGGCCUCGGCGGCUGGCUCGCCGGCCGCGGCGAAGCCGCCUUCCACACCAACACGCUCGCCGCCACGCGCAGCCUCGUGCGCACCAGCCCGGAGGCCGUGCGCCCGCUGCUGGCGGGCGUGUUUCGGCCGUACGGCGUUGCCGAGGAGGCGCUGGAGCGCGUGGUGGAGGGCUUGCUGGCGGGCGAGGAGGAGGCGCUGGUGGCCUUUGUGAUGCAGUUUCAUUACAAUUUGCCGGCCGUGGAGGAGGUGGGGAGGAGGACGCCGGUGUCGAGCGCGGCGACGAUCGCGGCGGGGUAUUUUUUUGGCGGGUUUGUGCCGUUGGUGCCGUAUGUGUUUGUGGGGAGGGGGGAUGUGUUGGUGGGGCUGCGGUGGAGCGUGAUUGUGAUGGUGGUGUGUUUGUUUGUGUUUGGGGGCGGGAAGACGGUGCUGGUGGAUGCGGCGGAGGAGGGCAAGAAGAAGAAGAAGAACUGGGGGAGCAUCGUGAGGGGGGGGAUUGAGAUGGUGCUUGUGGGCGGGGUGGCGGCGGCGGCGGCGAUGGGCAUUGUGAGGGCGCUGGGCGGGCUGUCCUGA